GUCACAGAGUGUUGGUAAAGGAAGUGGCACGAGGAGUGAAAGAGGAAGACAGAAGCGCGACAGCUUGCUUCAGCUGGUGAAUCACAGAACACAACAAUUAAAUAUGGAUAACGGUGCCAACGUUCAGGGUCCCGAUAACGGCGGACAGGGCACCGGGGAAUCCCGCCGCCUCAGCAUCCAGCGCUGCAUCCAGUCGCUGGUGCACGCCUGCCAGUGCCGCAACGCCAACUGCUCGCUGGCCUCCUGCCAGAAGAUGAAGCGGGUGGUGCAGCACACCAAGGGCUGCAAGCGCAAGACCAACGGCGGCUGUCCCAUCUGCAAGCAGCUCAUCGCCCUCUGCUGCUACCACGCCAAGCACUGCCAGGAGAACAGGUGCCCCAUGCCCUUCUGCCUCAACAUCAAGCACAAGCUCCGGCAGCAGCAGCUGCAGCAACGGCUGCAGCAGGCACAGAUGCUCCGCCGCAGGCUGCAGCAUCCAAGGGUCGCUAGACAUCAUGCAUAGAGGCAGGGUCUCUCACUGCCACAGGCCACAAGAAUGGGCUGAGGAGCCAGGGAUCUGCUAUUUCACUAGCUUUUUGCUAAAUGAGAUCUUUGAAAGGAAGAGUGCUUUCUCGGACAUUUGAAUAGGGCUUAACGGAACAUCCAUGGGAGUAAGAAUGUUGAAGCGUUCAGAGAAUUUAAGCACCUUUUAUUUUAUGCCACUACGCCCUUACAUAUAUUGUUUGCUCUCUAUUUCUGCCUGCAGCAUAACUUUCUUUCUUCUGUUGGGAAUGAUGACAUCAUAAAUGAUAAGUCAACAAAAGAAAUGCAGGCACCUUCAUGAUUGUUAUGCUGUAGCCUUAUUGCCCGUUUCAUAAAGUACAAAACAUCCUGAUCUGAUCUAAGACUAAAUUCAGUUGCUAAUGGCAAGUAUACUGCUUAUUAACCUUUCGGACGUCCCUGAACUAUUGUUGCUGGAGAGUCCCUGAAAGGGUAGCAUCCUAGUGCUCUUACUUAAUAAUUACACAGCUUCUUCCAGUCAUAUUUGGUAUGAUUGGUAUGGCAAGUAGGGGGGAAAUCAAUUGUCAUUUACGUAUCAACAGAGAACAAACCCAGCCACAUGGCAACUAUAACUGUUGCAUAGCCAGUACAGCUUUACUGAGGUAGAUUCCCACUGGCAUACCACAAGCACUGGCUAUCCAUCUUAGAAGUGCUGUUUACACAUGCACUCAAGACCUUAUUACUGAUAACAAGCUUUAUUAUUAAAUGACAUGCAGGAACACCAAAUGAAGAUGACUCAGAGACCAGAUUUAAAGUUUCUAAAGCAUUUUAUUUCAGCGAUGCUUAACCAAGUGCUAGACAACAUUCAUUCCAUGAUUUAAUCCAUGUGACAUCCAAACAAAAAAGAUGUAUAUCAUUUCAUAAAAGGAUUUGUUUUCUACUAAGUGUAAAAAACUGAUUUUUACAAAAUGCAAUACUAUAAGAUGUCGACUACCUUUUUCAUAUAACCUGCAUUCAGUCUGUUCUGUUGUACAAUAAUAAAUG